AUGCUGGAAAUCCAAUUUUUCUCUGGCCCUUCACCAGAGCAAGUUAUCCGUCAGUACCACCAGUUCAUUGGCCUGCCCUUCCUUCCUGCCUAUUGGUCGUUUGGAUUUCAGGAAAUAACUACCGGGCCUGGGCCACACCUUAUUUAUCGUACGAUUGGCGGAAUGCUGGAAAUCCAAUUUUUCUCUGGCCCUUCACCAGAGCAAGUUAUCCGUCAGUACCACCAGUUCAUUGGCUUGCCCUUCCUUCCUGCCUAUUGGUCAUUUGGAUUUCAGCUGUCCCGUUAUGGUCACAAAACGCUGGAUGAUUUGAUCACAACUGUGAAUCGGAAUCUGAAUGCAGGAGUACCAGUCGAAGUGGUGCAUGCGGAUAUCGAUUACAUGGAUCGAUACAAGGAUUUCACUCUCAAGCAAAUAGUAAUGACUCACAACCUCAUUGUGUUUGCUGCUCUAAAGAAAUAUAAGUACUAG